CUGGCACAGACUCUGGUCUCAGCUCCUUCCAUUCGGCCUAUUAUUCUAGCCUCCUCCUCUCUUCCUCAAGAGCGCUUCUCACGCUUGGGUGCUAGAGGACCCUGCGAAUUGACCACAGCCUCACAGCGGGGAUUGAGGGACCCGAGUAAUUACAGAAAAUUCAAGGCACCUUACUGGAACCACCAAAACGUUGUGGGAGACCCUGAGGGAUCACAGGAGUCCUGAGGAAUUUCUGAACACCGUGGUUCAUGGGAGCAUCAUCAGGAUUUUAAGAGGCCCUGAGGAUUAUGGGAGCCCCACGGGACAUUCUGAGAGGGCCAAGAUGGAUUCGAAACUGCUGGUGCCGGAGCUAAAUGAGGCAGAGGCAAUGGGCACCGAGACGGCGCGUUUCGAGGAGCUGCUGCUGCAGGCCUCCAAGGAGCUCCACCAAGCCCAGACAAGCAGACCAGAAUCAACACAGAUCCAACCGCAACCUGGCUUCUGCAUAAAGACCAAGUCAUCCCAAGGGAAGGUUUUCAUCAACAUCUGUCACUCUCCCUCCAUCCCUCCUCCGGCUGAUGUGAUGGAGGAUGAGCUCCUUCAAAUGCUGGAGGAGGACCAAGCCGGCUUCCGCAUCCCCAUGAGUCUGGGAGAGCCUCACGCCGAGCUGGAUGCAAAAGGCCAGGGCUGUACCGCCUACGACAUAGCUGUCAACAGCGACUUCUACCGGAGGAUGCAGAACAGCGAAUUCCUGCGAGAACUCUUGAUCACCAUCGCCAGGGAGGGCCUGGAGGACAAAUACAGCUUGCAACUGGAUCCAGAGUGGCGCUUGUUGAAGAACCGGGCUUUCUUGGGCUCCAUCUCCCAGCAAAACAUACGCUCCCAGCAACGGCCUCGGAUCCAGGAGCUGGGGAACCUGUACACCGCCGAUUCCUUGAGACCUAAGGAAGGCCCUGAGAGGCCUCACCUGAACCUUUGGCUGGAAGCCCCUGACCUCCUCUUGGCGGAAAUCGACCUCCCCAAACUGGAUGGAGCCCUAGGGCUGUCGCUGGAGAUCGGGGAGAACCGCCUGGUGAUGGGGGACCCCCAGCAGCUGUACCAUCUGGAUGCCUACAUCCCCCUGCGGAUCAGCUCUGAUGAGAGCAAGGCGGCCUUCCAUCGGAAGAGAAGGCAACUGAUGGUGGCAAUGCCUCUUCUCUCCGUGCCUUCUUGACCUGCUAUCUCCCUGUGUUUCCAAGAGGAGAGAAGAUGGUGGAAGCUUCUCUAAAAUGGAAAUAAAAGAUUUUUGGCUCUGGCUGCUGUGGCUCAGUGGAUUGAGUGCCGGCCUGUGAACUGAAAGGUCAUGGGUUCGAUUCCCCAUCAGGGCACAAGCCUAGGUUGCAGGCCACGUCCUCAGGAGGGAGCGCUCAAGAAGCGACCACACGUUGAUGUUUUUCUCUCUCUCCUUUUCCCUUUGUCUAAAAAUAAAUCAAUAAACUCUUAAAAAA